GGGGGCCAGCUCGGGGCCACACCCUUUCUCGUUGGCUGUUUGCACUUUUCCCGGGACACGAAGGUCAGAAGCACCCACAGCGGGACUUACAGGCAGGGAGCUUCCCGCUUGGCGUCUCUCCUCUGCCCUGCUCCCCCUGGGGGUGCCUGAGCUGCUCGAUCUGUGCUCCCACCGCCUGUGAUCAGGGCUCUCCCUCACCCCAUCCCAGAACGCUGUGGCCAACAGGCAGCACCGCCAGCAGGACAAUGGCCACAGAGAUGCUGGCGGUAGCCCUGGUUCUCCUGGCUGGAGCCUUUGCUGAGGAGCAGGAGAAACUGGUGCACGGCGGGCCCUGCGACAGGGACUCUCACCCCUACCAAGCCGCCCUCUACAGCUCGGGCCACCUACUCUGCGGCGGGGUCCUCAUCCACCCCGAGUGGGUCCUCACGGCUGCGCACUGCAGAAAAGAGAAGCUUCACGUCUACCUGGGGAAGCACAACCUUCGGCAGUCAAACAAUACCGAGGAGAUUUCUGUGGUCAAAACCGUGGUCCACCCCGGCUACAAUCCUGCCACCCACGACCAGGACAUCAUGUUGCUGCGUCUGUCCAAGCCUGCCAAGCUCUCUGACUGGAUCCAGCCUCUGCCUCUGCAGUGGGACUGCAAGGCCAGAUCGGUCCGCUGCCACAUCCUGGGCUGGGGCAAGACGGAGCAAGGUGUCUUUCCCGACACCAUCCAGUGCGCCUACGUCCACAUCGUGUCCCAGGAGACGUGCGAUCAGGCCUACCCCGGCCAGAUCACGAGGAACAUGGUGUGUGCCGGAGAUCAGGAGGGAGGGAAGGACGCCUGCCAGGGUGACUCCGGGGGCCCACUGGUAUGUGGGAACCACCUCCGGGGCCUCGUGUCCUGGGGUAACGUCCCCUGUGGAUCCAAGGAGAAGCCAGGAGUCUACACUGACGUCUGCAGAUAUGUCAACUGGAUCCAAAGAACCAUCUGAGGCAACUGGCCCUGACACGCACAGCCAGCUCUCGCUCUCUGGCUGGCUCCAGAGUCUCCCUCCCUUGGCCUGGUCUUCUUGCCCCACCUGCCGGAUAGGCCUUUGAUGCUUUGCAAAGGGAGUGACAGCCAGAGGGGGGGAGGGAGGGAGGAAGGGAGAGAGAGCCCAUCCUCCCGGGCUGUGCCCUUGCCUCGCUAGGGGUGGGGACAGGGAGGACACGGGCUGCCGCCUGAUGGGAGAGCCUCCUCCUUUCUGUCACUCCGAGGCCUGGUUCCUUCCUGGAGGUGCAAUCCCAGCUCUGCUACUUGCUGUCUGUCUGCCCUUGGGAAAAGCCUCACUUUGGAGUAUCUGUCUCCUCACCUGUGACACAAGGACAGUGAGGAGAGCGCUUUCCUCCCAAGACCCCGGCCAGUGAGAUGAUGAAAGGUUUCAGACACAAGAGAUGCUCGGAAGAGUGCCUGCCCGCCCCCCUCCGUGCCCAAUAAAAGGAAGUUUUUAUC